UAUUAGACUACUAUAAGAGUGAGAGUCACGCCGUUUUUGUCUGCAUUUUUCGCUUAAAAUAUUUUCAUAUCAUUUAAUUUAUUAUAACUGAAACUUGGAGUCACUAUACAGCUUCUACAGUACUACACACUCGAUCACUGGUUUUUUUUAAUAAAAAAUUAUUAACUUCAAAUGGAUACUUACGAUCACUAUAAUGUUGUGCUAUUUAUUCUGGUUUUACACGGAAUCGGAACACUUAUGCCGUGGAAUAUGUUUAUUAACGCACAGAAGUAUUUUGAAUGUAAACUCAACAUAACUGAUCCGCAAUGUAAUCGUGUGGAUCACUUGUCCAAUGAGACAUUGACCGGUAUGAACCUGUCAUAUAAGGAGGACUUCCUGUCUUAUUUAGGUGUGUCCGCACAGGUGCCAAAUGUUUUGUUCAAUUUGCUUAACAUUAUCUUCCAGUUUGGUGGUAAAAAUUUAACGAUUAGUAUAACAGUUGCCAUAGCCGUAGAGGUGGUACUGUUCAUAAUGACAAUUAUCUUAGCAAUGGUAGACUCGAGCGGAUGGCCCGCAGAGUUCUUCUACAUAACGAUGGCUACUGUUGUACUCAUAAACAUAGCUAACGGUGUCUAUCAAAACUCGGUCUAUGGAUUGGCCGCUAAACUGCCGAUGAAGUACUCAAAUGCGGUGGUUCUUGGAUCCAACAUUAGCGGUGCAUUUACUUCAGUCAUCAAUAUUAUAGCCAUAGCACUGUCACCUAACUUAAGAGUGGCCGCUAUCUACUAUUUUUUGGCCGCACUUUUAAUUUUAUUGGCCUGUUUUGACACAUAUUUUGCACUUCCUUUAAAUAAAUUUUUUAGACAUUACUGUCUUCAAAAUGAAGACGCGAUAGCUAUGACUGGUGAAGAAGCCAAUGAAGAAACUGAGAUAAAAACUGUUAAUAAUAGACCAAAUUUAUCGCUUUAUUGGUUUGUGUUUAAGAAAAUAUCGGUCCAAUGUUUCAACGUAUUUAUGGUAUUUUUUGUGACACUAUCUAUAUUUCCUGCGGUUCACGCAAACAUCAAACCAAUUGAUGUCAACUUUUUUGGUGAUCAACCGACUACUGAUAAAUAUUUUACUGCUGUCAACUGUUUUCUUGUGUUUAAUAUAUCUGCAAUGAUUGGCAACAUAUUUCCCAAUUGGUUUCGGAUACCGAGUCCCAAAUAUUUAUGGAUACCAGUGGUGUUACGAGUAUUAUUGAUACCAUUUUUCCUAUUUUGUAACUAUCAUCCAGAACUGCGUCAGUGGCCGGUUAUCAUCCAAAAUGAUUUUAUAUUUAUUUUGGGUGGUAUUGUUCUGGGACUAUCUUCAGGUUACUACAGUAGUUUAUGUAUGAUGUAUGCGCCACGUUGUGUGCCACCCGAGCACGCGGCCACUGCCGGUAUGAUGGCUGCAGCGAGUCUAGUGAUAGGCAUUUUUGGUGGCGUCAACUUCUCAUUUGUACUCUCGUGGGCCGUCAAACAAAACUGGUUUUGAUUUUAAUUAGUGUUUUUAUAAUUUACAUCUAAUAUAAUCUCAAAUUAUUAUUUCGACUGUAUAUCACUCACUCUUAUAUAAAACAUUUUAUAACUGAUAAUAAAUCAGUUAUAAUAUACUAAACUUUAUCCACAAACAUAUUUCUCUCACCCACUCAUAAGUCAAUUCUUUGAAUCUCCUCUCUCUCUCUCUCUCUCUCUC